UGACCCGGAUGUUGAUAUGAUGGUAAAUUCGGUAAUUUCCCCGGUCAGGCUUCAAUGAAGAGUUGUUAGCAUUUUUAGGCCACUUCAUAUUCUUCAUGAUAACAUAACUAGAUGCCGAGAAACAUAUCUCAAAGUGGUGUCUGAGAUUUUCUAUUUACCCGCAAUAGAGUAUUUAAUCAGCCUGCAAACGGCAGCAAAUUGUAAACAUGUCUCAAGAGGGAUAUCAGUCACCAGCAAUCAAAACCACCGCCGACACAAGCUUGAAUACACAUGAAUCGCAGAGGACCAACCCCGGGAAGACACCUAUACAAAUCCUGCAUGAAUAUGGCACCAAAAGUGGCAACCUUCCUGUAUAUGUGAUGGAGAAGGCGGAAGGAGAGGCUCACCAACCCAGUUUUGUCUUCAGCGUGAAGAUCGGAGAUGUUAGCUGUAUAGGUCAAGGUUCCAGUAAAAAGGCUGCUAAACACCAGGCUGCAGAGGCUGCCCUGAAUAUCCUGCAGAUAGAUGCUGGAACAGUGAACCUUCCUGUGAAGUCUGAGAGUAACGGUGUUGCAGCAGAAACAAACAACCAUCCCAACUCAGUGGGGAUACUGCAGGAGUUAGCAUUGCAGAGAGGAUGGCGUCUUCCUGAAUACACAGUUUUAAUGGAGGCUGGUCCGCCACACAAGAGAGAAUUCACUGUCACUUGUCGAAUGGAGUCCCUGUCAGAGAAGGGUGUAGGAAACUCAAAAAAGGCAGCAAAAAAGGCAGCUGCAGAGAAAAUGGUGGCAAAGCUUCAAAGUCUGUCAGGUUGUUCUGAAAUCACAUGGACUCCUAAACCAAGUGUUCGAUUUGAGAACUUAAGGAACUCAUCAGCGGAGAAGAUCUCUUUACUGAGAAGAAACCCGCUGAGUAUUCCCAACACAGAUUACAUUCAGAUGAUGUUGGAGCUGUCCAAGGAGCAGGGCUUUGAGGUCACAUACUUCGACAUUGACGAGCUGACGGUGAACGGCCAGUACCAGUGCCUGGCAGAGCUGUCCACCUCCCCGGUCACCGUGUGCCACGGCACAGGCAUUUCCUGUAGCAACGCACACAACGAUGCAGCACACAGCGCCCUCCAGUACAUCAAGAUCAUGGCCUCCAUCAAGUAAAACCACCACAGGCAACAUUUGCUUCACCUAUAUUGUCACACAUGUAAGCUGAUGUCCAGUCAUGAUGAGGCUAUAGAUUUUUCUUCCCACAAGUCUUCCUGCCCAUGGGCGAUAUGCGGUCAAGGUAUAUUUUUAUAAUUACGUAGCUCACAAAGCAGAUCAUGCUCCACAGUAACACAAGGUAUAUUGACUUUAAUCAGGCAACUUUGGAGCAGUAUUUGUGAGGAGACAAACUUUUACUUGAGAUAUCCAGCAUAUAAGCAAAUAUACAUGUAAUAUGACCUUUUACAUGCAUAGUUUGAGCUGUCAGUGCUUUAUUUGUCCACAAUUUUUUCAGCGUUACUUUAGUGGAAAUUCUUUGCCUCUUUUUUUAGUCGGGAUGUUUUUAGGUUCCAGUUGAUUUAAUUUAAUUUUAUAUUCCACAUUUUUCCCUGCAGCAAUAUAUUGAGCUGUAUAUUGUUGACAGCCAAUAGAAGAUCUUAAACUUUUAAUUUACUUCAGAGAUACUUGCCUUUCUUUUGAACUUUAAUGAACAGAAGUCACCUGAAAAUGAGAAGUGAAUUGACAAAGAGAGAUUAUUUAAACUUUUUUUUUUCCUACUUCCACCCUUCCAUCUGUCAGUAUGCAAUCUACAGUACAACCCCUGCUAUCUCUAUCUGGUUGACUCUGUCUGUCUGCUUUUUGCAGUGUGCCUCAUAGUACCAUUGUGAUAUAUUUAAUAGAUUUACUGACUGGUGUCCUCUGCUGUAUAAACUGACCUCCGGUGAAGAACAACAACAACAUAUGUAUGAAUCCAGAAAAUAAACCCAAACAUUAAAUGUUAA